AUCUUUCUCUGCCUUAAAUAUGAAAUAAAACAUCUAAUUCCAUACCCAUUAUUCCAAGAACAAAGGUGACUACAGGACACAUGCAUUGUGAGAGUGGAGAAGCAACAAAGCGGGAAGCUGAAAUGGCACCCCACCCUAUCCCUUUUUCUUCAUCCUCCUAGAUUCUGUAACCCAUUCGGCAUUCGGGUCUUCCCAGUUUAAGCAUGCUUAAAAAAUCCGAUUCUUUUGUCAUGUCAGUGCUCACUGCGCAUGAUCUCGUGACAAAGAUUGCAUGCAUAUGGUAACGAACAUCUUUUGGGCGUUCUUUGAUUCCAUAUUUACUCACUAAAGACACCCAUCAUGGCCAAGCAAUUUCUGGGUUUCCUUUGUCCUAAUCGACGCAAGCAUCGAGAACCCCACUUCAUAUCAGUUUUUGUUUUCGUGAUCACAACCGUAAACUUUGUGCUUUCUCAAACUUCAGUUGCUGAUUGCAUCCUCAAUAUUCAAUCCUCAUCGUCUUCGAACAGCUCAAGCUGUGAAGCGAGCAAUUGGGGUGGGUUCAUCAACAGCUGUUGCGGGGUAGUUUUUGAUGAGUACCUACAUGGAUUAGGGCGGCUAGCCAACAAAACCGGACAGAUAUACUUGAAUCCCAAAGAACAGAGAAACUGCCUGACUUCAAAGAAGAGUAUAGAAGAAAACAUUUCGGCCUGUGGCAUUGAAAAGUUAACCAGUGGAGGUGGAGCUGGCGGCUGCUCUGACUACACUGUCACAGAUGUUAUUGGUAAGUUAGGAAGUAGGAUGAAAAAUUUAGGCGAAGACUGUGGACUUUUGGGUUUAGAUGGAACAUCAGGUCAGGCUUGCAGUGAAUGUUUUGGAAGGUGGGAAGAGAUAGGUACAGCAUCAGAUAAUGGAAGAAAUUUGAUGAAGGUUGAAGCCAAUGUUUGCAGGUUUGCAGUAUUGGUAACAUUAACAAGUAGUAGGAUUGACGAUGAGAAAUGGGUCCGCGCAGUUUAUGACUGCCUUGGAGGGCAGGGUCACCUUUCCUUAGAUGAAGAGGGAGGCACAUCUAGUGAUGCUGUCAAGGGAAGCACAUCUAGUGAUGAUUUCAAGUCCAGCACAGGUCUACCAAUUCUAAUUAUUGGAAUAGUGGGAAUUGCAGUAAUAGUUUAUCAUAGCAACAUGCCUCUUGUUUAGAUUGAGGACUAAAGAAAGUUUCCCAACUGGGAAAGGUGGUAGAUCUCAAAGCUCGAUGAAAAUCUGUAACAGUCACCUGAAAUCAUCAAAUGAUCCACUCUCCAAGGAAUCCACCUGUCUUGAGUUACCAGUUAAGGAAAUUUAUUCAGCAACAAACGAUCUAAGUGCAUCAAAUUUAAUUGGCCAAGGCAUAGCUGGAAAGGUAUACAAAGGCAUUCUCUCAAAUGGCCAGCAUGUUGCAGUCAAGCAUAUAAUCAACGACGAACAUGUAGAGACAUUUGUAAGGGAAGUCACGAGUCUUUCUUAUGUCAGACAUCCAAACCUUGUAGCAUUGCUCGGCUGCUGUGAGAAUGAAGAUGAAUGUUUCCUCGUUUAUGAGCUGUGCCACAAUGGGAACCUCUCAGACUGGCUGUUUGGUAAAGCUAAAGUUCUCUCAUGGAUGCAAAGAAUUGAGAUCGCAAUUGGUAGUGCUAGGGGCCUCUGGUUUCUCCACACUUACGCAGAAGGCUGCAUUGUUCACCGUGAUAUCAAGCCAGCGAACAUCCUCAUCAAUGCUAACUUUGAAGCAAAACUCUCAGACUUUGGAUUAUCCAAAGUUAUGGAAGUGGAUCAGUCCCAUGUGAGCUCAGAAGUGAGAGGGACAUUCGGUUAUGUUGAUCCUGAAUACCGUAACAACCGCCAUGUAAAUGCUUCAGGUGAUGUUUACAGUUUUGGGAUAGUGCUACUGCAGCUUCUCUCAGGGCAGAGGGUCAUUAAUUUAAAUAGACCAAUGCCUCUAAAUAAAAUGGCUAAGUCCCUCACAAGAGGUGGUGAUACAAGAGAAUUUGUUGACCCCAAACUUGAUGGGGAGUACCCCGUGGAAGCCUUUGCCCUCAUACUGAAGUUAGCAUUGUCGUGCACAGGGAUUAAGCAGCAAAGACCAUCAAUAGAGCAAGUGGUUUCAAGACUUGAAGAGGCACUCGAUAUCUCCAAGCAAGUCAAGCCACUUGCAUCUUGUCCUACAUUAUAGUUUUGCUUUCAAAUGUGUUUGACGUUUUUUGUUUCUUCUUUAGUGAUUCAUAUAAUUUUCCAGACAGACGCAAAGCCUGAAGAUUGAAACAAAUACUGGAUAAUGUU